GAUUGUAAGUUUCCUGAGGCCUCCCCAGCCAUGCAGAACUGUGAGUCAAUUAAACUUCUUUCCAGUUUCGGGUAUUUCCAUAUAGUAAUGUGAGAACAGACUAAUAUUAAUACAUGUGGCCUACUGACCAGGACAGUGACACCUCAGCAUACUCUACCUGGGAGAGAUGGCCAUGACCAUGGACCAGAAGCUUCCCUGGUGCCAGGAUCCAAACUGGGACCUCAAAAUCUUAGGCGGACUCUGGAGAGGCCUUAAAGAGGUUGAGGGAAUCAUGAACUGUGAGGGAAUCAUGAACUGAUUCAUUUUUAACCUGAAAGUCAUGGUGCUUUCUCAGAAAUAACUAAGAUUAUGUUUUCUGCCAUUUGGUGAAAAUGGGGCUUAACAAAAACACUGAGUAAUAGAAAUAUGUAUUUUCUCUUUUUGCACACCUAACUUGAUACUUGCUGCCUUAGUCACCCAUUUGAGGUGUGGUGUUAGGUGUUUCUUUGGAAUCUGCAAGGUGCUCUGAGAGUGGACUGAGGGGAGGCACAAAACAUCACUAGAAGCUCUGACCAAGUCUUUGUUUUCACUACAAUCACUUUUUUUAGGCACAGCUGUCACCAAGAGAAGGCCUACUUUGGAAAGCAGAUGGCAGGAGUUUUGAAUACAAGAAAGGAGUUCCCAGGGCAGAUGGCAGCAGACAAGGCAUGAAGAAAUGAAGGUCUCAACAGAGAGGCAAGAGGCGUCUUUGUAAGAACAAAGGUUUGAGAGGAGAGAGACAUGAGCAAAGUCCUGGCUUCAGAGAGUCGGUAGCUGGGGAUCUGGUAGAGAGUCCCUCCUUCUGGGAUGAGCCCUUCCUCCACAAAGUAUCUGUCCAGCCACACUCCUCAGUCAGACAGUACUGUGAAGGUUCCCAUGAGCAUUUCGUAAACCCUGUGGGGCUCCCCCAAAGCACUCUUCCCUAUCCAUCUGGCAGACAUUACUGUCAAAUGCAUCAAAAACUUAUCAUAUAACACUUCCAGUUUUUUCAUCAUAAGCCCUUCCAAACUGCCCGCUGCUAUUGUUAAUGACUCAAGAUUCUGACGUCUCCGUCAUGCAACAAACUCCAGCUCUCUUUUUCCUUCUUACCUUACUUAGCAAAUUCAGUAUAUUUUCAUGCAAAUAUUAGAACCUAUGCCUUCUACUUUUUCUUCGAAAUGCUCUUGGCUCUUGCAACUACAGCUGUGUAACUCCAUAAUGGAUGAAACCAUCACAAUCUAGAAAUAAGUUUUCUGUCUUUUGGACAAGAUUUCAUUUGGUUUCAGAAUCAUCUCCUGACUAUCCAGUGGGCUUGCCUGCAAAGAAGUAUGAUUCUCAAGGAUACAUUUGUUCCAUUACAACUUUUUGUAUGAUACUUGGGCUGAGUUCAUAGUUCCUCCUACAGAAAGAUGUCCAUCAUGGUAGAGCACUGAAUCAGUGAACUUGAAAGCUAGGAAAGACUUCUAAAGGCCAUUUAUUACAGCUUCCUAGUUUACAGAAGCAGAAAUGAAGGUGCAGAGAUAUGAAGACCUUUCCAAAGGCCACUCCUCCAGUGAGCUGCUGAACCAGGUUUAGAAGCUUGGUGGCCUAGAACCAUGUUUAGUGUUCUUUUAUGCCACGCUAUUUUUAAUCUUCUUGCUUUACUAGUGUGGAAGUCAUUUGUGAUGUUCACCAAUACAGGCAUACCUCGUGUUAUUGCUCUUCACUUCACCAUGCUUCACAAAUAUUGCGUUUUUAACAAAUAGAAAGUUUGUAGCAAUCCUGCAUCAAGCAAGUCUAUUGGCUCCAUUUUUCCAACAGCAUGUGCUCCCUUGUGUCCACAUCAGCAUUUUUUAGCAAUGAAGUAUUUUUAAUUAAGUUAUGCACCUUGUUUUCUUAGACAUAAUACUAUUGCACACUUAGUAGACCACAAUAUAGUGUAAACAUAAGUUUUCUAUGCGCCGAGAAACCAAGACAUUUGUGUGUCUUGCCUCAUUGUGAUAUUUGCUUCAUUUUGGUGGUCAGAAACUGAACCCACAAUCUCUCUGACAUACGCCUAUAUUUCUUUGGGGAGAUAAAGGAAGAAGUUAGGCAUGGCCAUGUGACUUGUUUUGGCUAAUGAAGUGUGAGCAGAAGCAAAGUGUUUCACUUCCACUUUAAGAACCAGUAGGUGAUUCACCAAGUUCCCUUUCUGCUACCAUGGCAACAGGCAACAUACUAGAUAAUAGAAGUUCCACCAGCUGAGGACUACGAGGAGACUGAGGACGAUGUGGAGCAGAGCCCCAGCUGACUCAUAAAGGACAUGUAGCAAGAGUAAAAAAUAAACCUUCACGGUUGUAAGCCACUAAGACUUGGGGGUUGUUUGUUGCUACACCAUCACCUAGCCUGUCCCCGCCAGGUGAGCCUGAGCCACACCUCCAUUCCCACGACACACCUCUGUGCAUGAAGAUUUCAGAGGGUACACAAUGCAGGAAAUCAGAAUUCAGCUCCAUAAAACAUUCCACAUUCCACAUAUCACCAACAUUCUUUCUUCCUCUUGGUUUAUAUUAGGGAUAGGGGAUGUGGUUUAUUACAAAAGAUGAGUAUUUUAAUAGCUUCUUAUUCCUUGAGCUAUUCUGCAGGUAAGUUCCUGGUGGAAAUUCCUCUAUUCUUAGGGUUAAAAACAGAAUGAAUGAGAUAAUUUUAAUAAGCUCAGUGCAUUAUGACCUCAAAUGCAUCAUCCUGUACUUACACACACACAUGUGCAAAGACCUUUGGUUUCCUUGGAGGCUUUCUAGCUAGAUAAGUCUGAGCACUUCACACGUUUCCUAACUUUAUGAGCAUCAACAUUAUAACAAGCUGAUGCUUAAAAAAAAUCACAUCAUCAGAUAUUUCAUAUGAAUAGUUACAAAAUUAAUGGAAGCUCCUCAUAGAGUAGUAAGAGAGCCUCUGUGACCUUGGGUAAGUCACUUAGCCUCUCUGGGCCUCAGUUUCCUUGUCUAUAAAUGAGGAUAGUAGUAGUCCCUGCCUCCCAGGGUUCAUGUGAGAAUGAAGUUGGGUCAUGCACAUCAUGUCUGGUUCAUAGUAAGUAUAUAAUGUUAACUAUAUCUGAGCCAUAGAGUACAUAGAAAUCCAAAAAGUAAACGCGAUUCAGACUUUUUGCUUUCCAAGAAGGGUGAAUUCAGAAACUGUUUGGUUCACCAAGUAGUAGUUUUCUGGAAAAGAUGUAAAACCAUGGUCCUACCAUCUGGAGGUUUUAACACACUUUUGAAAACGCAAACAGAUGGGUAGGCAAGUGGGUUUUGCUAACAGUUCGGAAAAAUUUUCCAAACCUCUUGCUGAGGGCCUAGAUCCAGCUGGGAAAAUCUUUAAAGGGCAGGCUCAUUUAUACUUUUUCCAUCUUAAAUACUUGGACUUUUUCAGGUUUAUAACAAAGCUCAGAAAAUACUAAAGGUUAAAGGAAAACUGAGAGCUGCCAAGGAAAUGAAAGAUGAGGCGGGGGAGAGAGACAGAGAAGUGAGCAGCCUGAACAGCAAGCUGUUAAGCCUGCAAGUUGACAUCAAGAAUCUGCACGAUGUCUGCAAGAGACAGAGGAAGACCUUGCAGGACAAUCAGCUCUGCAUGGAGGAGGCAAUGAACAGCAACCACAACAAGAAGCAAGCACAGGCAUUAGCAUUCGAGGAGUCAGAGAUGGAAUUUGGGUCCAGUAAACAGUGUCAUCUGAGGCAACUCCAGCAACUGAAGAAAAAAUUGCUGGCCCUUCAACAAGAACUGGAGUUUCGCACAGAGGAGUUGCAGACUUCUUACUGUUCUCUCCGCCAGUAUCAGUCCAUCCUAGAAAAGCAGACUUCUGACCUGGUUCUUCUGCACCAUCACUGCAAACUGAAAGAAGAUGAGGUGAUUCUCUAUGAGGAGGAAAUGGGAAAUCACAACGAGAACACAGGGGAGAAGCUCCAUUUGGCACAGGAGCAACUCGCCUUGGCCGGGGACAAGAUCGCCUCCCUAGAGAGGAGCUUAAGCCUCUACAGGGAUAAAUACCAGUCUUCCCUGAGCAACAUCGAGUUACUAGAAUACCAAGUGAAGAUGUUGCAGGGGGAGCUCGGCGGGAUCAUGGGUCAGGAGCCUGAGAACAAGGGUGAUCAUUCAAAGGUACGAAUAUACACUGCUCCUUGCAUGAUUCAGGAGCAUCAGGAGACCCUGAAACGACUGUCUGAGGUCUGGCAAAAGGUCUCUGAACAGGAUGAUCUCAUUCAAGAACUUCGAAAUAAGCUGGCCUGCAGUAACACUUUGGUUCUGGAGCGUGAAGAGGCUUUGAUAAAACUACAAGCCGACUUUGCUUCCUAUACAGCUACCCACAGAUACCCUCCUAGCUCCUCAGAAGAGUGUGAAGACAUCAAAAAGAUACUGAAGCACUUGCAGGAGCAGAAAGACAGCCAGUGCCUGCAUGUGGAGGAGUACCAGAACCUGGUGAAGGAUCUGCGCAUGGAACUAGAGGUCGUGUCGGAACAGAAGAAAAACAUCAUGAAGGACAUGAUGAAGCUGGAGCUGGACCUGCACCGACUGCGGGAGGAGACAUCUGCCCACAUUGAGAGGAAGGAUAAGGACAUCGCCAUCCUGCAGUGCCGGUUGCAGGAGCUGCAGCUAGAGUUCACCGAGACCCAAAAGCUUGCUUUGAAGAAAGACAAGUUCCUCCAAGAGAAAGAUGAGAUGCUGCAUGAGCUGCAGAAGAAACUGACACAGGUUCAGAACAGCUUCCUGAAAAAGGAGAAGGAGCUGGAGAAGCAGCAGUGCAUGGCCACAGAACUCGAAAUGACGGUCAAGGAGGCUAAGCAGGACAAGUCCAAGGAGGUGGAGUGCGAGGCCCUACAGGCUGAGGUCCAGAAGCUGAAGAACAGUCUCGAAGAAGCCAAGCAGCAGCAGAGGCUGGCUGCUCAGCAAGCAGCCCAGAGCAAAGAAGAGGCUGUGCUGGCAGGCUGUCACCUGGAGGACACCCAGAGGAAACUGCAGAACGGCCUCCUCCUGGACAAGCAGAAGGCAGACACCAUCCAGGAACUACAGCGAGAACUUCAGAAGCUGCAGAAGGAGUCUUCGAUGGCUGAGAAGGAACAAACCUGCAACAGAAAACGGGUGGAGGAGCUGUCAUCAGAACUCUCUGAAGCCCUGAGGAAGCUUGAAAAUUCAGACAAGGAAAAGCGGCAGCUUCAGAAGACAGUGGCUGAGCAGGAUAUGAAAAUGAAUGACAUGCUCGAUCGUAUCAAGCUCAUUCAGCACCAGCACAGGGAGCAAGAAUCCACCAAAUGCAAGUUAGAAGAUGAUCUUCAGGAGGCCACAAAGCUACUGGAGGACAAACGGGAGCAGCUGAAGAAGAGCAAAGACCAUGAGAAGCUGAUGGAGGAAGAACUUGAAGCUCUGCGGCAGGAAUUUAAAAAGAAAGACAAGACGUUGAAAGAGAAUUCCAGAAAGUUGGAGGAAGAAAAUGAGAAUCUCCGAGCAGAGUUACAGUGUUGUUCUACACAACUGGAAUCCUCUGUCAACAAAUACAACACCAGCCAACAAGUCAUCCAAGACUUGAAUAAAGAGAUAGCCCUUCAGAAGGAGUCCUUAAUGAGCCUGCAGGCCCAGCUGGACAAAGCUCUGCAGAAGGAGAAGCACUAUCUGCAGACCACCAUCACCAAAGAAGCCUAUGAUGCAUUAUCCCGGAAGUCAGCCGCCUGCCAGGACGACCUGACCCAAGCCCUCGAGAAGCUCAAUCAUGUGACCUCGGAGACAAAGAGCCUGCAGCGAAGCUUGACACAGACCCAAGAGAAGAAAGCUCAGCUGGAAGAGGAAAUCAUUGCUUAUGAGGAAAGGAUGAAAAAGCUCAAUAUGGAAUUAAAAAAACUGCGGGGCUUCCACCAGGAGAGUGAGCUGGAGGUGCACGCCUUCGACAAGAAGCUAGAGGAGAUGAGCUGUCAGGUGCUGCAGUGGCAGAAGCAACACCAGAAUGACCUCAAGAUGCUGGCAGCCAAAGAGGAGCAGCUCAGGGAGUUCCAGGAGGAGAUGGCCGCCCUGAAAGAGAACCUCCUUGAGGACGAUAAGGAGCCCUGCUGCCUGCCCCAGCGGUCUGUACCCAAAGAUACCUGUAGCCUCUACCGAGAGAACGAUCAGAUUAUGACUAGCUUGGAGCAAUGGGCGAAACAGCAGAAGGUCGCCAAUGAGAAACUGGGAAACAAGCUCCGAGAGCAGGUGAAAUACAUCGCCAAGCUGAGUGGUGAAAAGGACCACCUCCACAAUGUAAUGGUCCACCUGCAGCAGGAAAACAAGAAGCUGAAGAAGGAAAUAGAAGAUAAGAAGACGAAAGCUGAGAACACAAGGCUAUGCACCAAAGCCCUAGGCCCGAGCAAAACAGAGUCCACACAGAGAGGGAAAGUGUGCGGCGCCUUGGGCUGGAAGGGGUUGCCCCAGGACGGGGGUCAAAGAAUGGACCUCACCAAGUACAUCGGGAUGCCCCAUUGCCCGGGUUCCUCGUAUUGCUAGAAUCCACAUCUAGCCAUGAGCAGCAUUUCCACGCGUGUUUCUUCCGAGGACAGUGAGUUCCCAGCCCUCCCUCUCUCUUGACCUGGAUCAGCUCUUACGGGAAUAUAUCACGGUCCCAGCCUAUUUUGCAAGACACUAACGUUCGUUGAGUUUUGCCCACUUCCUGCCAUGUAGUGAGCUUUAGAAGCAUACAUCCAUCUCCAGGCCCAAAUAUGAAAUAAAGACAUGAGCAUGAGCACA